CCUUAAAACGUCUUAAACCCGAUUUCAAUAAAAAAAAUCGGUUUAUGUAAAAAAAAAAAUUCUGCCAAAUUAAGGGUUAAAAUGUUUUGUGUUGCCUUACAUUUCAUGUACAUUGCCGGCGGUUGCAUAUGAUCAAAACGAACUAUUCAUCCCUGAACAUAUACAGCUAGCCGAUCCAUUAUUUUACGAGUCCCACAAUAUUGACAUUUUGAUUGGCGCAGAAAUAUUUUGGGAUUUAUUAUGCGAAGGUAAAAUAAGGUUACCAAAUGGCCCAGUUUUACAAAACACAAAAUUAGGUUGGAUAAUUUCAGGGCCUAUACACAGUAAUACGCACAAUAUUGAUAGGUCUUUCCAAUGUAAUUUUUCGCACGCUAUUGAAACACAAUUACGGCAGUUUUGGGAACUAGAGGAACUGCCUAAGGCUAGUCUCACACACACGGACGACGAGCGUGCUUGCGAAGAACAUUUUAUUAACACUACAACGCGCACAAGUGAUGGAAGGUUCUGCGUACAUCUGCCGCUUCAGAAGUCACCAGCUAGCCUUGGCGAGUCGUACACUCAGGCUAAAAUUCGUUUUUUAGUUUUAGAAAGACGCCUCGAACGUAAUAUUACUUAUAAAAAAUUAUACACUGAUUUCAUACAUGAAUACCUUGAUUUGGGUCAUAUGAAAAAGGUAAGUUCAUAUGGAACACCACAUUAUUUUUUACCACACCAUGGUGUAUAUCGGGAGCAUAGCUCUUCAACCCGAUUGAGAGUAGUCUUUGACGGAAGUGCUGCUACUAGUAAUGGAGUAUCCUUAAAUGACAUUCAGCUUGUCGGGCCGCCACUACAAAGUGAACUAUUUGAUAUUUUAUUGCGGUUUAGACGAUAUAGGUUUACUGCGUGUGCAGACAUACAAAAAAUGUACAGGCAGUGCCUAUUACAUGAGUCACAACGCGACAUGCAACUGAUUGUCUGGCGGGAUAAUCCUUCUGAGCCUUUAAGUAUGUACCAGCUCAACACCGUGACCUACGGCAUGGCAGCGUCACCCUAUCUUGCUGUUAGAUGCCUCAAACAGCUGGCACUUGAGUGUACUGACCCUGAUGUAAAGAGAAUCAUCUCUGAGGACUUUUACGUUGAUGAUAUGAUCACAGGUUGGGAUGAUAAACAUGAAUUAUUAUCAUUUUGUAACAAGACUUCAAAGUGUUUACAGUCCGGUUGUUUUCCAUUGAGAAAAUGGACAUUUAACUUUCAAUGUGAUCAGUCAUCAGGUCCGUUCAGCGCAGGUAAGGAGUUAACAUUAGGUGAUACUGUUCAGUGCAAGACUUUGGGUUUAGGAUGGUACAACACUAGUGAUGAAUUUUAUUUUAAUACGCAAUUUAAGAGUGACACUAACAAGAUAACAAAACGUAGUAUUUUAUCACACAUAUCUCAAAUUUUUGACCCCCUUGGUUUAGUUAGUCCAAUUAUAAUAAUAGUGAAAAUAUUAUUACAGCGACUUUGGUUAUUGCAAUUAGGUUGGGACGAUGUGGUGCCAAGCGAUGUUCUACUUACAUGGACUAAGUUUGCGAACGCCCUAUCGGAACUUAACACCAUUCGUGUGCCUCGUCAUGUUAUUAACACUACUGCUACACAUUCGGAGUUACACAUUUUUACCGAUGCAUCGCAAGUAGCGUACGGCGCUUGUAUUUACGUACGCUCAGUCAGCAGUGACAAUAAUUCAUUGGUGAGACUGUUGUGCUCAAAAAGCAAGGUUGCUCCUUUGAAGCCCGUUAGUAUUCCGCGGCUAGAAUUAUGCGGAGCUUUAUUAGGUGCAAGGCUAUACGACAAAGUGAAUAAGGCACUUCAUUUACAAUUUAAAAAUAUUAUGUUUUGGACUGACUCAACAAUUGUACUAGGCUGGUUACACAUGCCACCUAACUUACAAAAAACUUUUGUACAAAAUAGGACAUCAGAAAUACAUGAGUUGACGAGGGAACUUCCUUGGCGUCAUGUAAGUGGAAAAAAUAAUCCAGCUGAUUUAGUGUCCCGCGGUAUGUCGCUAGAAGAUCUCUCAACUUCUACGUUAUGGUGGGAGGGCCCGGCCUAUCUUCGCCAGCCCGAUUUUAGAUGCGAUCUGGUGCCUUCAUUUAUAAAUGGUUUGCCUGAUGAGUUACCAGAGUUAAAAUCGGGCGUGACGCUUUCUGCUGUGCCUGAUAAAGUUUCCGAGUCUUCCUUGUUUCCCUUCUAUAGAUUUUCUCAAUUUAAUCGCAUGAGACGCGCUGUCGCAUACGUAAAUCGGUUUAUUUAUAAUUCACGCAAUACUAAUAACCCGCGAUCAGGCGUCCUAUGUGUCGAUGAAUUGAGAGAGUCUGAUAUAACUUUAGCUAGGCUGUCUCAAUUGGAAUCUUUUCCAGUUGAAUACAUGUCGCUUACUAAAAAUAAUUGUUUAGGACAUAAACACAAUUUAGCAAAGCUAAGUUUAUUUAUUGAUCACAAUAAAUUAAUACGUGUAGGUGGUCGUAUUUCCAAUUCACAAAUUUUCUCGUUGGAUAAAAAACAUCCAAUACUCAUAUCUGGUAGCCAUCCUUUUGCUACUUUGCUAUUUCGGUAUGAGCACACCCGUUUGUUACAUGCAGCUCCACAAGCGCUUUUAUACAAUUUGCGAGAGACCUGGUGGCCUAUUAGUGGUAGGAAUCUUGCUAGGAAAGUGGUACAUAAUUGUAUUGUUUGCAAGCGGUUAAGGGGAAAAACUCCAACUCCUUUAAUGGGGAAUUUACCAAUGGAACGUUUGGACGCUACUUUUCCUUUUAUGCGUUGUGGUGUCGAUUACGCCGGGCCAAUGCUCAUGCUAAAUCGUAGGGGUAAAGGUUCGAGGACUACAAAAUGUUAUAUUUGUAUUUUUAUUUGUUUCGUGACUCGUGCCAUUCACUUGGAGCUAGUCAGUGACUUGUCCACUGAAGGGUAUUUACUUGCAUUAAAAAGAUUUAUAUCCAGACGUGGCAAACCUUUAGAAAUAUUCUCCGACAACGGUAGAAAUUUUGUUGGGCUUAUGAAUGAAUUUAAAAAGUUUAUAAAUAAUUGCUCAUCGGAGAUAAUAGAUUACGCAAUAAGUCAAAAUAUCAGGUUUACUUUUCUUCCUCCAUAUUCUCCUAAUUUUGGUGGUUUGUGGGAGGCUGGAGUGAAAUCCUGUAAGUAUCAUUUACGACGUGUCGUAGGAAAUGCACACUUAACCUUUGAGGAGUUUAGCACGGUUUUGGUUCAGAUUGAAGCCGUUUUGAAUUCCCGUCCCCUUAGUCCUAUGUCCACAGAUCCGCAAGACUUCACUCCUUUGAGCCCAGCUCACUUUUUGCUUGGCCGUCCACUUACUGCGCCUGCUUGUGAAGACGUGACUGAAAUUUCGACGAAUCGUCUUACUCGCUAUCAACGUGUGGAACAGAUUCGCCAGCAUUUCUGGUCCAGAUGGGCUAAAGAAUAUGUUUCUGAACUACAAGCAAGGACCAAGAGAACAAAGGAUGAUACUCCGUUGAAGCCCGGAAUGCUCGUCGUUAUCAAGGAUGAUAAUUUGCCGCCUUUGAAGUGGCAUCUUGGACGAAUCAUCGACAUCUUCCCAGGAAAGGAUGGCGUUGCAAGAGUGGCAGACAUACGGACUUCGACGGGCAUUGUCAAACGAUCGUACAGCAAGAUAUGUCCUUUGCUCGAGUAGCAGAGAACACAUUGAAAGCACGAGCUUCCAAGGCCGGGGGCAUGUUGGAGCAUAUAUACAUAAAUAAAGAAUAUUAAUUUAAUAUUUUUACACCAUUUCAUA